CAACGCUUCCAUGCUCUGAAGAUCUAACCGGAACACCAACUAAGUCCCCAUCUCCGUUGUGCUAGCAACUUGCUGUCCUUUCUGUUGUCGCUACCUGACCCUUACCGAAGCGAAGCUCUCAACAGCUCGCACGACACCCACUCUUCGAAGAAACCGGGCAUCUUCUUCUCCUGCCGAAGCGACCAUUCCCAAGCGCAGCAACGGACGAUACCACGACACCAUGUUCAAUGCCCUGAACCGGUUCAUGUCCCGCCUGGACGGCGAGCAACCAACACAGAGAAACAGUGGCGGAUCUUUCGGUUUCCAGGUGCUUAGAAACACAAAUCUCGAGCUCCAGAUAGAACCCUGGUUCGAUUUCAUCAUCGGCAUCAAUGGGAGGCCCAUAGAUAACCCCAACAGUGGACUUUUUGCCCAAGAGAUCCGCAACUGUGCAGGCGGUACCGUAUCCCUCGCCCUCUGGAGCGCAAAAGGCCAGCGGACCCGCGAGCUGCAUGUCCCCGUACCCGCCGAAACGGCCUCGCUCGGUCUCAGUCUACAGUGGACCCCCCUCGCCGCCGCCGCCAACAUCUGGCAUGUGCUCGACGUUGCUCCCAACUCCCCCGCCGACGCCGCCGGCCUGCUUCCCUACAGCGACUACAUCCUCGCAAGCCCCGAAGGCGUGUUGCACGGCGAGAGCGGCCUAAGCGAGCUGGUCGACGAUUACAUCGGCAGACCCUUGCGGUUGUACGUCUACAACAACGAGUACAAUGUCACAAGAGAGGUCGUCAUCCAGCCGAGCAGGGAGUGGGGCGGCGAAGGAGCGUUGGGAUGCGUGUUGGGCUACGGGGCGCUCCAUCGGUUGCCCGCGCCGUUGAAUGAGCCCGUGUCGGCGCCGGGCGAGACCUUGUUUGACGGGGAGAAAGUUGCGGCGGUACCACCAUAUGCUGAGGGAACGGGCGCGGCACCGCCUCCUCCGACCGAAGCCGGCCCGGACACCUUCGCUCCCGCUGCCGCUGCCGCCGCCGCUGCGCCACCAUCGGCCGACCUGCUCGUCCCCGCACAGAUGGUUGCAGCGGUGCCGAUGAGCGCGCCGACGAGGAGUAAGAAGAAGGGACACAAUCCGAACAAGGCGUUGAUGGACGACUACUUCAAAGAGGGAGAGCAGAAAAGUCGGGAAUUGGACAAUGCGCCUACUGGGAAAGGGGCUACUGUGGCGCCUCCUCCACGGUCGGGAGGGCCCCCGAGGGCCGCAUCAGCGGCUUCCACGACAGAACAGCCGUCGCUCGAGCAAUGAGGGAAGAAGACUGCUUCGUCUUUUCCAUAAUCGAACUGUCCUUCUAGAUGGGCCAGCGCGUGAUUUAUGUGUUAUUAUGUAGCGACCUAGACCUGUCCAGAGCCAAGGCGAUGGCCUCGGGUGUCUUAUUCUCCUUAUUCUCGCCCCCCCUGUACCGUGUGACAUCCGCGCCGGCCUUUUUUGCCCUCCUAGUUGAUAAAGUUGAUGCAAAAAAAGUGCAGGAUC